AUGGUGGUGGCCACAAGCAAGAGCUACGCAUGGUGCAAGACACAACUCCCGCCAUGUUGUUUGCGGAUCCACCCCGAGGACACCAGCAGGAUCUACGUGGGCACGUAUAAACUAGACGAAGCAAGCCGCGUCAAGCAUGGAUCAUUAGACCACUACAAUUACAACACCACGACGCGGGAAUUGACCUUGGUUGAAUCGCACCGCACCCCAUCUGCGAUCCUAGACAUCAAAUUCGAUCCGCGGGACUCCUCGACAUUAGCAUCAGCGCACUCCAACGGCCACUUGAUGGUGUGGAAAACCCAUGGGGAUCAACUCGAGAUGGUGGAUGAUAUCGCCCUCAAUGAAACAUCACUCAUCACCUCGCUAGUUUUCAACCCCAGCGCCGCUAAAGAAGUGCUCGUGACGUUCACGAGCGGAUACCUGGCAAUUAUCGACCUCGCGCGUCCGAAAACAUUACGCUGGCUAGACUCCGUGCACGAGUUGGAGUGCUGGACGGGUGCAUUUGGCGAGGUGGGUGGAUUGCAGAAUGUCGUGUUUACUGGUGGAGACGACUCGCGUCUCGUUGCGCAUGACUUGCGCACGCAGGGGGAGAUAUGGACUGUAAAGCGGGGUCACGAUGCUGGUGUCGUGAGCAUCAUGACUUCCUCGGCGCGUUGGAAUCGCGGCAUGUCUAAUGGUUUGUGGACUGGCUCAUAUGAUGACCAUUUGCGAGUGUGGGAUCUACGAUGCGCUAAUCUGUCACUAGUCGAGGGUGUCGUUCCCAAGAUGCUUCAUCUGAGGAAUCUCGGCGGCGGCGUCUGGAGAUUAGUGCCGAGCCCCAUGGAUGAUAGACUCUUGAGCUGUUGCAUGUAUGAUGGAGCGAGAGUUGUCGAUGCGCUGACGCCUGAGUUUAAAGUUGAGCGGUACUUCAAGGGAAAACAUGAAAGUAUGUGCUACGGCGGCGAUUGGUCACGCGACGGCAGCUAUAUCGCAACGUGCUCGUUCUACGACAAUAUAGUCCACGUCUGGUCGCCCGAUGAAGUAGAGGAAGAAAAAAAACACUAG